ACUUUCAAUUUUGUGUGUGUAUUACAAAAAAAAAGUUGUAUUUAUUUGUGACGUGUAGAAAAAUUGAAGAAUAUAAUAAAAGUGAGGCAACAUGUGGCCCAAGAGUCCGCGCAUCCGUAGAAACGAGCUGCUCGCCAAGCAGAACGAUGAUUCGCCCCGCUCCAAGAAGAAUUCCCCCCGGGCGCCCUACAAUGUCGGAUCUGUGCUGAAGAAGCGUCGCCCCCAAAGCUAUAGCCAGCGCAUGCAGAAGAAGCUGCAGGGCAUUGAGAGCAAGGAAAAUGUCCAGAUCUUAAAAAUACCCAAGGCUGUGCUGCUCACACCUUCCUCCUCGGAAAUCUCACUCACCACAAGCAUGUCCAGAGCGGGUGUGCCCACCUAUACAGUGCAGCCGAAGCUGGAGAAGACUGCGGAGGCAGAGGCGCAGCCAGCUGCACUGCCUCCGUACCUGACACUCAAGCGGCAACAAACGGCGGCCAUACUGAACUUUCGAGCACGCAAAUCUGUGUCCCAAAUGGAUUUUAAGGAGGCACGACGUACCGGCAACUAUCAGCUGGUGGCACAUGUGCCCAACUCGAACGCCCUGGUGCCGGCUGCCCAGCACCCAGAGGGUCGUAAGCUGACCAUCAAGGACGACAGCCUUACCCAGCUGCUGAUGCAGGACGCGGCCCAGCUGUGCAGCACGCGGGAGGGCAAUGUGCGCUUUGUGGUCAACGGAGAUCAGGAUGUGCGCAUUGCCAGUCUGCGCAUCUUCAAUACGAUCAUGCUGCGCUCCUGGCGCCGCCGUCGCGAGGAAGUGCGUCAUCUUAGCGAACAGGUCGAGGACUAUAAGCGCAGCUUUGUAAAGAGUCGCAAUCAGCUGCAUGUCUACAACACGCUUUUUGCGGUGGAGAAGCGUCGUAACGAUACUCUGAACGAUCAGCUGAAGCAAUCCUACAUGGACAGUGCCAAGACGAAGCUGUCUUACAACGAGCUCAACAUUCUGCUGAGCCAAACCAACCAGGAGAAGCAGCAGUUGGCGCAGGAGAACGCCUACAAGACGCAGGAAAUUGAGAAUCUGCAGGAGUUGCUGCAGGCGACCAAAAAGGAACUCUUCCAGGCGAAUACGCUGCAGCGGGAGCAGCUCGAGCAGCUGGCACGCGUUCAGCUCGAGUGCCAGGCUGCCAAGUUCGACAUCGAGGAACUGACGGCUCAGUUGCAUUCCCUGAGAUCAGAAUUGGCCGAAAAGCAAGAAUACGUGGAGAAACUGCGUGACAAUAUUACCCGCAUUGCCGACGAACUGCAGCUGUCCCGCACAAGCUUCGUAGAGCACAAGUGUGAAAAGGAGCUACAAAUCAGUAAACUGAUGAAGCUCUCGGAGGAGCUGGAGAAGGAUAUCAAGCUGAAGGACGAGCAGCUGCUCACGCUGCAGAACUGCCUCGCCGCCACGGUGGGUCAGCGCAUUCGCCAGUGCUUCGCCCAGAGCCAGGCCUAUCAACAUGCCACCUAUCGCCUCAUGCACUUUGUCGCCUACUGCAUGCUGCCCGGCACGCCCCCGCCAGCUCUGCCCAUGUCAUCGAUUCCCUGUGCCGUCAAAAAAUUGCGUGGACUUUUCCAUGGCGGCACCGGUGGCGCCGACGGAGCCGAGGAUAGCCGGGUAAUCAGUAAAUAGUAUGCAAAAUUUUCAGUAGGCAUUUGUUUAUAAUUUAUAAUUGCACGUUCCGAGUUUUUUGGCGUUCCUUGAAGUUCUUUUUGGUGUUUAAUUUAUUUUCUAUUUAGUAACGGAAUUCAAGUAAACAAUUAAAAUUGUUUUGUUCACUAAAAAGUUG